AUGCCUCAUCCAACCAACUUCAGAGGAGAGUCCACAGGUGAUCAAAGAAUCCACUGCUCCCAGGUGUCCAACCAUAUUGUAAAGAGGAGUUCAGAGAAACUGUUGUCAAAACAGCUGACCAGCAGCCCUGUGAAGCAGAAGGAUCUCACUGACUCACUGGAGAGAGAUGAGCAGCACAAUAAAUCCAUAGAAAGAGCCCAGCAGGCACUGAAAACUGCUCUGAAGAAGAAGUUUGAAUGCAUAUUUGAAGGUUUAGCAAAGCAGGGCAACCCAACCCUCCUCAAUGAGAUCUAUACAGAGCUCUACAUCACAGAGGGGGGAAGUGGGGGGAUCAAUGAUGAACACGAGGUCAGACAGAUUGAGACAGCAUCCAAGAGACACACCACACAAGAGACUGCAAUCCUCUGCAAUGAAAUCUUUAAGCCUUUACCUGGACAAAAGAAACCAAUCAGAACUGUGAUUACAAAGGGCAUCGCUGGCAUUGGGAAAACAGUCUCUGUGCAAAAGUUCAUUCUGGACUGGGCAGAAGGAAAAGCCAAUCAGGACAUUGAUUUCAUCUUCACUCUUCCUUUCCGAGAUCUGAAUCUGAAAAAGGAGAGAGAUUUUAGUCUCAUGAAACUUCUGCAGCACUACUUUCCGCAACUGAAAGAGAUCAAAAGUUUUGAAGAUGAUGAAGUCAAAGUUGUGUUCAUCUUUGAUGGUCUGGAUGAGUGUCGACUUCCUCUAGAUUUCCAAAGCAAUAAGAUCUGCUGUGAUAUAACAGAAUCAUCAUCAGUGGAUGUGCUGCUGACCAACCUCAUUCUGGGGAAUCUGCUUCCCUCUGCUCUCCUCUGGAUCACCUCCCGACCAGCAGCAGCCAAUCAGAUCCCUCCUCAGUGCGUCCACCAGGUGACAGAGGUACGAGGGUUCAAUGACCCAGAGAAGGAGGAAUACUUUAGGAAGAGAAUCAGAGAUGAGAAAAAGGCCAGGAGAAUUAUCUCACACGUAAAGUCAUCCAGGAGUCUGCACAUCAUGUGUCACAUACCAGUCUUCUGCUGUAUUUCUGCCACUGUACUGGAGACAAUGUUGGGUAAAGAGAGUGGAGAUCUGCCCAAAACUCUGACUGAAAUGUACACACACUUCCUGCUCAUUCAGACUAAUGUGAAGAAUGAGAAGUAUCAUGGCAAUGGUGUGACAAACCCGAAAAUCUCUGAGUCAGAUACAGAAAUCAUCCUGAAACUGGGGCAGCUGGCUUUUCUACAGCUGGAAAAGGGCAAUCUGAUAUUCUAUAAAGAGGACCUGAGAGAGAGUGGCAUUGAUGUCAGUGAAGCUUCAGUGUACUCUGGGGUGUGCACAGAGAUCUUUAAAGAGGAGUGUGGGUUGGGUGAGGAGAAGGUCUACUGCUUUGUGCAUCUGAGCAUUCAGGAGUAUCUGGCUGCCUUGUUUGUGUUUCAUUCAUGUGUGAAUGAGAACAGGAAUGUACUCAGAGCAGAACAAUCAAAACCUCGCAGACACAGAGUCAGAGUGCAGCUGUCUGAGUUACACAGGACUGCAGUGGAUCAGGCCUUAGAGAGUAAGAAUGGACACCUGGACCUUUUCCUCAGAUUCCUUCUAGGCCUCUCUCUGGACUCCAUUCAGACUCUAUUAGGAGGAAUACUGACACAGACAGGAAGCAGAUCACCUAGCAUUGAGGAAACAGUAUUGUACAUAAAGGAGUGGAUCAAAAAAGAAUCUUCAGCAGAGAGGACCAUCAAUCUGUUCCACUGUCUCAAUGAACUGAAUGACAACUCUCUAGUGGAGGAAAUCAAGAAUUUCCAGAGAUCAGGAAAACUCUCUAAUGAAGAGCUGGAACCACACCAAUGUUCAGCCCUGACCUUUAUGUUACUGAUCUCAGAGAUCCUAGAUGAGUUUGACUUGAAGACCUACAACACAUCAGCAGCAGGUUAUGAGAGACUGCUACCAGUACUCGGGAACUGCAGGAAGGCCAUACUGAACAGCUGUGACCUCACAGAGAAGUCCUGUGAAAUUGUGGCCUCUGCUCUCCAGUCAUCAGACUCACCCCUGAGAGAUCUGGACCUCAGCAACAAUAACCUGGGAGAUUCAGGAGUGAAGCUGCUCUGUGCUGCACUGAUGAGUCCAAACUGUAAACUACAGAGACUGGACCUCAGCCACAAUAGCCUGGGAGAUUCAGGAGGCUGCUGUGAUGUUCUGGCCUCAGUCCUGCGCUCUCCUCACUCAGAGCUGAGAGAUCUGGAGCUCAGAGACAACGAGCUGCAAGAUUCAGGAGUGAGAGCGCUCUCUGCUGGACUGGAGGACCCACACUGUAAACUGCAGAGGCUGGGGCUGUCAGGCUGUAGAGUCACACAGAGAGGCUGUGAUUCUCUGGCUUCAGCUCUGUGUUCAAACCCCUCACACCUGAGAAAGCUGGACCUGAGAUACAAUCACCCGGGAGACUCAGGAGUGAGAGCGCUGUCUGCUGUUCAACUGGACACACUCACACUGCUUGUGGACCAUGGAGGAGAGAACAGGACCAAACCAGGACCCAGGAAAUACGGCUGUCAGCUCACACUGGAUCCAAACACAGCGCACAGAGAGCUGUCUCUGUCUGAGGGGAACAGGAGGGUGACACACACACGGGGGAGAGAGGAGCAGCCAUAUCCUGAUCAUCCAGAGAGAUUUGAGGGCUGGGAGCAGGUUGUGUGCAGAGAGAGUGUGUGUGAGCGCUGUUACUGGGAGGCUGAGUUCAGUGUGUCUGAGGGGGAAGGGGUUGAUAUAGCAGUGACAGAUAAAGGAAUCAGCAGGAAAGGACAGGAUUCUGACUGUAUGUUUGGACUGAAUAAAAACUCCUGGAGUCUGCGGUGCUUUGAUGAUUACGCAGGAGUGUGUGAUGAUGAUGCUGGUAGAGGAGUGUGUGUGUACAGGGUAGGAGUGUGUGUGGACCCUCCGGCCAGCACUUUGUCCUUCUACAGCGUGUCUGACUCUGACACACUGACCCUCCUGCACAGAUUCCACACACACUUCACUGAACACACACCCCUCUGUGCUGGAUUUAGAGUGUUGAACUCCUCCUCAGUGUCCCUCUUAUGGACCCAGCGGACCCAGAGCACCUGCGCAACGCCCUCGCCAGCCAAGGCAGCACUCGUGGGACGGCACGAGCAAGCCCUCCGUGAGAUCCGGUAUUCGCUGACAGCACUCGCUGGUCAGAUGCAGCAGCUGACCACCCGCCUCCCGGCUCCCGCUCCCGAAGCCCCGAGGGCUCCUCCCGACCCGGUCCAGCUCUACACCCACGCAGCCCUCCUGCCCAGGGAGCCGCACAUUCCUGCUCCGGAGCGCUACGCUGGAGACUUGGGGAAGUGCGAGGCGUUUCUAAUGCAGCGUUCGCUCGCCUUCAACCAGCAACCCACCACUUACAACAACGAUGGGAAAAAGAUUUCUUGCAUCGUGGGGCUGCCGAAAGGAUCUGCAUUAGACUGGGCCACAGCAGUUUGGGAGAGCCAACCUCCUACAAACUUCACCUGCUCCAGUUUCGUUGCAGAAAUGCGAGAAGUCUUAGAUCGCCCCGUUUGUGGGAGAGACUAUAAUCAACGCCUGCUGUCGAUGCGCCAGGGCACGCGCAGCGCGGCGGCAUUUUCAGCUGAGUUCCGGACUAUCGCUGCGGAAUCAGGAUGGAACGACACUGCGCUCCAGGGGGUCUUCAGAGACGGGUUGUCCGAGGCUUUGAAGGAUGAACUGGCUGCGAGAGACGAUCCCGACAACCUCGAUGCCCUGAUCGCGCUGCUGGCCAUCAAGCUGGACAACCGCCUCCUGUACCCCCGAGUCCAACCGCACCCCGCAAGCCUGCUGCUGGAUGCCACACUGGUUCGGGACCAACAACCCCUCAGGCUACAGGCGUUGGUCGACUCUGGCGCCGACAAGAAUUUCCUGGACGCCGAACUGGUCGCUCAUUUUUUGCCUGCCGACUUUGUUUUGCUCAUUCCUGUUGCCAUCCGAUUCUGUACUUUUGCCCCGGUGGAUUUUUCUGGUUUUUGA